AUGUCAGAUUCUGUUCAUAAAACCUUACAAGUCAUAAUUGUGAGCCAGGGCGCUGUGGGCAUGGCUGCCAGUGCAUUCAUUGUGGCCGUUGGCUACACAGACUGGGCGAAAAGGAAAAAGCUGCCCACUUGCGACGUGAUCCUGGUCUGCCUCUGUUCAUCUCGGCUUCUUCUCCAGGGAACCAUCCUGCACUCUGCCCUCUUACCGAAGAUGUACCAGUGGGAAGUGAUCAGAGUCCACUAUGUCCUCCUGGUUUUGGCCAGCACAGCUUGCCUCUGGUUUGCUGCGUGUCUCAGCAUGUUCUACUGUGCCAAGAUCAGCACUUUCACCCAGCGGUACUUUCUGCUAAUCAAGCUGAGAGUCGUCAGGAUGGUUCCGCAGAUUCUGCUGGGUUCGGUGCUGGUCUCUUUGAUCUCUUCCCUCCCUUUCAUCUGGAUGGAUUAUAGUGUCCACCUCUGCAACUCAACCAGGAGCUUUCUGAGAAACGCCACCUUUGACAGCCCCGUCGGGACCAUCUCCUACUUCAAGGGUUUCAUCAUGUUCCUGACAUUGGCAGUCAUCCCUCUUCUGUUCUUUGUAGCAUCAUCCACCUUGCUCAUUGCAUCUCUGUGGAGACACACCAAGGAGAUGAGACACGGUGCGGCGGACAACAAAGACCUGAGGACUGACGCUCACAUCACCGCCAUUAAAUCUCUGAUCUCUUUCCUGAUGCUCUACAUCUGCAGCUUUGUGGCCGAGAUGCUUGUGGGAAUGCCUUCCUGCCAAGAAAGGAGCAGAUGGAAAGAUUAUUUCUGUUCACUGGUGAUUGCUGUGUGUCCUUCGAUCCAUUCCAUUCUUUUGAUUCUUCUGAAUGUUAGACUGAAGCUGGCACUCAAAAACAUGCUAUUUUACAUGAAAUGCUGUUAG